ACAUCGCUUUCCGCGCUGCUUCUAUUGCUACUUGUACAAAGCCCUAACUUCACCAGCCUAUCACCAUCAUAACCCCCAGAAAUUAAUAAACAAAUAGUAAAAAAAUUUUAAAAAGUAAGGUGGGGAAAAAAAUCGCCGCGAUCUGGAGCCGUCAGAUCCUACAUGUCCCCUCGCUUCUCUCUACUAUCGUCGCCGUCCACCACCACCACUACCCCGGCGGCCGACGGCGUUCUCAAUAGACAGAUCUUGAUCCGUUCUGUCUGGUCCAGCAACUUAGAGUCCGAAUUUUCUUUGAUCCGCCACGCCAUCGACCGUUACCCGUAUGUCUCCAUGGACACCGAGUUUCCCGGCGUUGUCUUCCGCCAAGAUUUCCGCCACGGCAGCCUUACCGAUCACUACAAAACUCUCAAGUCCAACGUCGACGCCCUCAAGCUCAUCCAGGUCGGCAUCACACUCUCCGACUCUCAUGGAAACUUCCCCGACCUCGGCUCCCCAGAUAACUACUACAUCUGGGAGUUUAACUUCUCCGACUUCGACGUCACCCGCGACGAGCACGCUCCCGGUUCUAUCGAUCUCUUGCGUCACCAGGGCAUCAAUUUCGAGAAGACUCGUAUGUACGGAGUCGAAGCUUCCCGUUUCGCUGAGCUCAUGAUGUCCUCCGGACUCGUCUGCAACGACGACGUCUCCUACGUCACUUUUCACAGUGCCUACGAUUUCGGCUACUUGAUCAAGGCCUUGACGGGUCGCGUUCUGCCGGCGGAAUUGGGGGAGUUUAUGGAAUUACUGAGGGUGUUCUUUGGGAAGAGGGUUUAUGAUGUGAAGCACUUGAUGAAGUUCUGUAAGAGCCUCCAUGGCGGGCUGGACCGAGUGGCGAGCACCCUUGAGGUGUCCAGGGCCGCUGGCAAGUGUCAUCAGGCAGGUUCUGAUAGCCUGCUUACGUGGCACGCAUUUCAAAGAAUCAGGGAGGUCUACUUCAACGGGGAUGAGGGGCUGCCGGAAAAGUACGCUGGUGUUCUGUAUGGGUUAGAGGUCAUCUCUGCUUGAAUAUUUCUUUUAUAUUCUCUCUUAGGCAAUGGUACCUCGUGUUGAUGUAGACUGCUCUUCGAAUUUCUUCUUGUCAAGUUGUACAAUCCUUUGGCAUUAUAUCAGUAGUAAUUUCAGUUCAUUUGUUUCCUUUA